GUUUAUUUCGUUCACUAAAAACGAAUGAAUUUUAAAAUCUUUUUGUGAACUAUUUUUUAAUUUUUUUGUGAACGAUUUUUUAUUUUUUUAUGAAUGAAUAAUUUCCGGAAAUAGUGUACAUUACUUAAAACUGAAUUGGGUUGCAGCGAGAUUAUCGACAUUGUGACUGAACAACGACUCAAAUCUCUACAAACCACUGCUGCAAGCAACGGGGCGUCUAGUGGCAAUUCCUCUGCUCUUAAUGUUUCUAGCAAUUCUUCUGUUCCUGAGGUCUCUGAUUAUUCCUCUGCUUUUGACAUCUCUGAUGAUUCUUCUGCUCCCAAUGAACCAACAAGUCUCACUAAUACCCUGUUGAUUGAAGUGAAGGACUAUUUAGUCAGUGUCAUGAAUAACUUUGUAAAUGAAGAAGAUACAAACGAUAAUCCAUGGAUGUUCAAGGAUAUUAAUAUUAGCCAUUUAUUCCGCAAAUACCAAGCUGCUACUAGCGAAAUCCUCGUGAAACACAAGACCCUACCAGUGGAAUCCUACGUGCAUGAACUCGCGUCUUUGACCCACAUUCUUUUUCUUUGCAAAGACCAACAUAGCGAGAUUGCAGAAAAGGUUUUUUCUUUGGAAACACUGCAGCAACUAACGGCUUUCCUUGAACAAAAGAUAAUAAACCAUAGCCUUGACUUUCCCUCGAACCAUUUUAUGACAAUCACCAAUACUCUUACGGAUCUCAGCUUAGCAGAAAAAACAAGAGAACAAGCAAUUACGGAGUUUACAGUUCUGGCUUCUCAGAUGAAUUAUGGCCAAAAACGGCUUCUAUAUGGUAUUAACAACCUGAUUCAAAAACUCCCAACAAGACCUUUAAAUGACUACAAACAAAUUAGUGAAAGCGAGUUGUGGAGUACGUACUUCGAUCCCCUAUUGUCUUGCCUCAUAAGCGAUCCUGACCGGCUCAUUCAUCUUCGCUGGACUAAUGCUAUCCCUAUGGAAAAAGGAAAAAAUCGACCUGAUGCAGUAAUUAGUGAAAAACGACAGAUGUCAUUUGGAUAUAGUGUUGGUUAUGGUGAGGCCAAAACCCUACAAGGUUCUUGUAGCAAGUCAUUAUGUCUGGACACGCUCCGUUUGGCAAUAUUCACUAGAAAUGCCAUUGAUAUAAAUAAGCUUGAUGGUGCUCUUGCCUUUCAGAUACAUGGUUUCAAUAUCAUUUUUUACCUUCAACAAUUAACUGCCAAGGGCAUAUAUACCUUUAUUGAAAUUGCUCACUUUCGCUUUCCUCAAUCCCUGGAUGAUUUACCUUCUCUCUUCACUAUGAUCAAUAUCAAAAAACUCCUUGGGGUCAGUGACGUUUUCUGGAGCCUCUGUAGAAAAUCCAAGCAACCCGAUAUAAUUGAAGAAAGAUACAGAAGAACUCUAGUGAGUUUGGAUGCCAUGAUUGAUACAGCUCAAGACAGCACACGCCGAUGUGUUUUGAGAUUUGGCCACUAGUAAAUAAUCAUAAAUGAGUAUAUACUAUUGUAUAGUUUCUUUUUAAAAAAAUACUGUCUAUUUUAAAUUAAUUAAUGUCAUCUUUUCUGUCUCAUGGCAAACACAUAUAUUGUUAUGACUAAUGACAUUCACUAAAGGAAGACAUACAACUUACCAAUCAUAAGAUGUAUUAUAUAUAAAUCCAUACAUUUGAAUUUAUAAUAAGAACAUUUGAUAACCGU